GUUUGCAGGCCGCGGGUUCCGGGGCCUCUGGAGCGCGUUCGGCAACUGCCCGCGCUUUUGCUCCUUCCGGCCUGGAGCGCGGGCAACCGGCGUCCGGAGAAUUCUUGAGUGCCCCGCGGGACUGGAGGUGGAUCCGGAGGGAAGCGGAGCAUCUUGUAGAGACACUAGAGGAAGUGUAAUGUCUCAGGAAGGCAGUUACGGGAGGUGGACGAUAUCCAGUAGUGAUGAAAGCGAGGAGGAAAAGCCAAGACCGGACGAGCCAUCUACCUCUUUUCUCCCGCACGCUGAGCAGGGAGCAGCCAGUGAGGCAAAGUACACCUGUUCCGAGGCUCGGAAAGCUGCCCACAGGAGGAAGAUCGCACCCGUGAAAUUCAGCAACGCAGAGUCCGUUUCAGAAGCUUCACCUCCCAAAAGGCAGAAGGGCGGUUCCCAGGAAGACCUGGGCUGGCAUCUCUCCAGCAGUGAGGAUGAGCUGCCAACUAAUUCAGAACCUUUGAAUGGUGUAUUCCCUUCAAGAUGUAUUUUAGGUUUGUUUAUGAGUAUUGUAGCAAAUUGUCCAUGUUGAUACAUAAUAUAUGUAGUUCAUCAUUAGA